CUCAAGAUCACGGGCUCUUCUCAUCUUCUCUUGUAAACCCAAUCAUAUAAUUUCACUUCUUUAGAAAAUGCAUUCCUAUUAUUCUUUUUCUACUUCGUCCACGUUGACAAUCUUAAAGACAUUGGCAUGUCUUGUGCUUAGUGCGUCUCUGUCCGAUGCUCAACUUACCCCUACCUUCUACGACACUUCAUGUCCUAACGUCACUAAUAUCGUACGAGACACCAUUGUCAACGAGCUAAGAUCGGACCCUCGUAUCGCCGCGAGCAUCCUUCGUCUUCACUUCCACGACUGUUUUGUCAAUGGUUGUGACGCAUCGAUCUUGUUAGACAACUCGACAUCAUUCCGAACAGAGAAAGAUGCAGGUGGAGAAACUAAAUCGGCGAGGGGAUUUCCUGUGAUUGAUACAAUGAAAGCCGCAGUGGAGAGCGCUUGCCCGAGUACCGUCUCAUGCGCAGAUAUGCUCACCAUCGCUGCUCAACAAUCUGUCACGUUGGCAGGAGGUCCGUCUUGGAGGGUUCCUUUGGGGAGAAGAGACAGUUUACAAGCAUUUUUCGAUCUAGCUAAUGUAAGUCUUCCACCUCCAUUCCUCACACUUCCACAACUCAAAGCCAUGUUUAUAAAUGUUGGCCUCGACCGUCCUUCUGAUCUCGUUUCUCUCUCCGGGGGUCACACAUUUGGUAAAAAUCAAUGCCUGUUCAUUAUGGAUAGACUAUACAAUUUCAACAAAACCGGUUUACCUGAUCCUACCUUCAACACUACUUACCUCCAAACCGUUCGUGGACUAUGUCCCCUUAAUGGUAACCCAAGGGCCUUGGUAGAUUUGGAUCUGCGUACCCCAACAGUUUUUGACAACAAAUACUAUGUGAAUCUCAAAGAACAGAAAGGUCUUAUCCAGACCGACCAAGAGUUGUUCUCUAGCUCCAACGCCACUGACACAAUUCCCUUGGUGAGAGCAUAUGCUGAUGACACACAAACAUUCUUCAAUGCGUUUGUGGAGGCGAUGAAUAGGAUGGGAAACAUUAAACCUCUUACGGGCACUCAAGGAGAGAUCAGGUUGAAUUGUAGGGUGGUGAAUUCCAAUUCUAGACUCCAUGAUGUGGUUGAAAUCGUUGAUUUCGUUAGUACAUGAAAAUAAUGACUCAGUAUGUGGCUGCCAAAUAUGUGUUACAAUAAAUAAAGCGGUCUCAAGAUGUUACUUGGAACAUUGUACUAUAGAUCAGAGUGUUGUCUCGAGCUGUAUCCGAAGAUCUCUUAAGUGAUUUUUUCGAAUUUGAUUA